AUGGCGGCAUUUCCAGUACAAUUACCUCUUGCUCAAAAAGAUAUUCUCGAUGAUAUAACAAACGAAAUAAAACAAUUUGAUUGGGAAACAGGCGAAUGUCUUUUUAGUGAUUUUAUUGAAUAUUUUCAAUUACCUCAAAUAAUCCGUGUUAGUCAAUCAUGGGAAACAAAUUUAGUUAAAAAUGAUAUACUUUAUUUACAAUCAAUACAUGAUCGACAUUUGAUUAUAUCAAAAUCUUUAUUUCCAGAUGAUCGAACAUUUAUUGUUCCAGAUUGGUUUCAAGGUCAAUGUCGUGUAUUAUCAGCAAAUCCAAUAUAUAAACCUCGUUGGUGGGAAUUUACUAAUGCUUUAGAAUUAUUACGUUUUAAAAUGCCACGUGAACAUAUACGUUUACUUCGAGAUACAUCGGUUCUAUUAUUAUUACCAACAAAUCAAACAAUACCUGUUUUAUUAAAACAAAAUACACACCUUACAUUAAACCGUAUUGAAAAAUCAGCAACAAUAACAAAUGGAAAAGAAAUGUUUGUUUUAAUGGAUAAAAAUGAUCAAGAAUUUCUUCUUGAUCCAACUGAUACAACAAAUGUAUUUCAUUUUGCUACAAAAAUUCUUGAUGAUGAAUUUGAUAGUUCAUAUCAUAAGAAUACAGCGGAUAGUUUAUUUACAUUACCAGAAAUAAUUAUACGUUAUGAAUUACCAAUUGAUAUUGAAUUUACGUCGUCAAUAAAUACAGUACCAAUUCCAAAUUUUCCUACAAAAUUACGUCUUGAAAAAUUUUGUAUUGGUAAAUCAAUUAUUGCUUUUUCUAUAGGUGAUCCUAAUCAUCCACGAAUAUUAGAACUUUCUUCUCUUACACAAUUUUCUCUUAAUUGUAUUAAAUGCUUAACAACCGGUCUACCACGCGAUACGAGUGUUUCUGAAGAAACACCUACAUUUGAUGAAAAUGCUUAUAUUCAUUAUGAAAGGGUACGAGAUCGACUUAUACAAUUAUUUGAAGACAUUUCAUUACAAUAUAUACGUACACCAUUUAUUGGAACUAAAGAAGAAAUUGACUGUAUUGAACAAGCCCAUGAUGUUGGUGUAAAGUUAAAGAAUGAAGAUCAAGGUGAAACUUUUAUCGUACUUAAUGAAGCGAAUAAUGCUAAUAAUGAAUCAUCUAGUGUUAUACCAUCGAUUAGUAAACAUCCAGCUCGAUUUACAGUACAUUUACCUGCUGAUUUUAAUAGUCCAUACAGCAAUGUUAUGGAUUUGGGUGAUGAUGAUGAAGAUCAUGAAAUUCCACCAUCAACAAAUACUUAA